AUGGACCCAAAGUUCAGUGGUCAAGAUGUCCUGUGCUGUGACCUGUGUGAGACUCCUGUACCUCCAAUGUACUGUGACUUUUGUCAUGUCAAACUCUAUAAGGCCUGUGUAGGGGAGUGUCUCUCUGAUUUAUCUAAAGAACAUAAAGUGGUGCCAUACAAACAAAAGGGAACUUCACUUAAAUAUCCAAAAUGUCUAACUCAUAUUGAAAAACUUUGUGAACUUCACUGUAAGGAAUGUGACCUUAUUGUUUGUUCACUCUGUCUUUCAUCCAACUUACACAAAGGACAUAAUUUAUUGAAUUUACUGGAGAUAAUAAAAACCAAACAAAAGGCCACACAAAAAGAUGCUGAUGAAUUAUCUAAUUCAGUUUGCCCUAAAUAUGAAGAAAUUACUGGAGAGAUACACAGAGAAAAAACAAACCUAGAAAAACAAUACAAUAAACUGACAACAGCUGUCACCAAACAAGGAGAAGACUGGCACAGAGAAAUUAACAUCAUUGUCAACAAUCGAAAAUCUGAAAUUGAUGAGAUGAAAACUAAACAUCUGGGUGUUCUAGAUAAACAGGAAAAGGAAAUAAAACACAUAAUUGCUGAAGUAAAACAGUGCAUACUUGAUAUGAAAAAAAUACUAGACUCCAAUGAUGUCUUCCAUAUUUGUGUGUACAAAUCUAAAAUUGCUGAAUUCAGAAAAUUACCCCCAAAAGUUAAGAUUUCAUUACCAAAUCUCUGUCCUCUUCCAAUCAACAAAGACCAGUUCCAUCAAAUGUUUGGUUCUCUGUCAGCAUUAUCCAUUACGACAGAAGAACGUGGCUACACAAUGAAAACACAAGAAGCUGUAUCCUGUCAUCCAGUCAAACCAUUGCUUGAUGAACCAGAGCUCGUCACCACCAUAGACACUGAGUAUAACGAACUAUACAGUGUUACCUGUCUCAGUGAUGAAAACAUCUGGACACAUGGAGAUGACAAAAUCAUGAAACUGUACAACCUCCAGGGUAAACUACUGAAGUCAAUUCAAACCAUGUCAGGGAAAACACCAGGUGACAUAGCAGUGACAAGGAGUAGAGAUCUAGUUUAUACUGACCCUGUUACAAGAACUGUAAACUUAGUGAAGAAUGACCAGAUACAGGAAGUGAUCAGACUGCAGGAGUGGAUACCUUACAAUAUCUGUAGUACGUCCUCUGGUGACCUCCUGGUUACCAUGGGUAGUGAUGAUUUUGAACAAUCAAAAGUUGUCCGUUACUCUGGUUCCACAGAGAAACAAACCAUUCGGUUUGAUAGUAAAGGGAAACCUCUGUAUUCACCUGGUAACAUUAAAUACAUCAGUGAGUACAAGAAACAUGAUAUUUGUGUAGCUGACUGUGAAGCCAGAGCAGUAGUGGUGGUUAACCAGGCAGGAAAACUCCGAUUUGGAUACACUGGUCAUCCCUCUACUAACAUGGAAUCAUUCUGUCCAUACGGCAUCACAACAGACAGCCAGAGUCAGAUUCUGGUAUCAGACUUAAACAACCACGGUAUCCACAUCCUAGAUCAGGAUGGACAGUUCCUCUGUCACAUUAAUAACUGUGAUCUACAGUUUCCAUGGGGUCUAUAUGUGGACACCAAAGACAAUCUCUUUGCCAUACAAAAAGAUGUUGAUGAAUUGGCUAAUUCACUUUGCCCAAAGUAUGAAGAAAUUUCAGCAGAGAUACAGAGGGACAAAACAAACCUAGAAAAGCAAUAUGAGAAUCUGACAACAGCUGUCUCCAAACAAGGAGAAGACUUGCACAGAGAAAUUAACAUCAUUGUCAACAAACAGAAAUCUGAAAUUGAUGAGAUGAAAACUAAACACUGGGCCGUUCUAAAUAAACAGGACAAUGAAAUCAAACAGAUCAUUUCUGAGGUAAAACCGUGCAUACUAGAUCUGAAAGACAUAUUGAAAUCCAAUGAUGUCUCACAAACCUUUGCAUACAAAUCCAGGAAUGCUGAAUUCAAAACAUUACCUCCUAGAGUCACUGUUUCUUUACCAAGUAUCUCUCCUCAUAAGAUUGGUGCAGACAAGCUCCAUCAAAUGUUUGGUUCUCUGUCAGCUUUAUCCACAACAACAGAAGAACAUGGCUACACAAUGAAGACACCAGUGGCUGUAUCCUGUCCUCUAGUCAAACCACUGCUUGGACCAAAGCUCAUUACCAGCAUAAACACAGGGUAUAAAUAUUUAAACGGGCUUACAAGUGUUACCUGUCUUAAAAAUGAGGAAAUCUGGACAUGUGGAGAUAACAAAAUCAUGAAACUUUACAACCUCCAAGGCAAACUACUGAAAUCAAUCAAAACCAAGUCUGGAAACUAUCCACUUGAUACAGCAGUGACAAGGAGUGGAGAUCUACUUUACACUGACCCUGGUACAAGAACUGUAAACACAGUGAAGAAUGACCAGAUACAGGAAGUAAUCAGACUACAGGGGUGGGAACCUUACAACAUCUGUAGUACCUCCUCUUGUGACCUCCUGGUUACCAUGGUCAGUGAUGAACAAUCAAAAGUUGUCCGUUACUCUGGAUCAACAGAAAAACAAACCAUUCAGUCUGAUAGUAAAGGUAAACCUCUGUAUUCAUCUGGUGUCUUCAGUAAAUACAUCAGUGAGAACAGGAACCUGUAUAUCUGUGUAGCUGACUAUAGAGCCAAAGCAAUAGUGGUGGUUAAUCAGGCUGGAAAACUGAGAUUUAGAUACACUGGUCAUCCCUCUACUACCAGGGGAUUAUUCCAUCCAAAGGGCAUCACAACAGACAGCCAGAGUCACAUCCUGACAUCAGACUGUGACAACCACUGUAUCCACAUCCUAGAUCAGGACGGACAGUUCCUCCGUUACUUUGAUAACUGUUAUGUACAGAAUCUAGGUGGUUUAUGUGUAGACACCAAAGACAACCUCUUUGUGGCUGAGUAUGGUAGUGGUGAAGUUAAGAAAAUCAAAUACAUGUGAACAAUUAGGGAAGUGCAUGUGAUGAGAUUAUAAACCUUGUAGACAGAUGAAAGUAACAUUAUACUUUGAUGUCUGUUUCAUAGUUUGUUACUUAAAAUUUCCUUCCACUUGCAAAAUAAAAGUGGUAUUUAUACACAUACCUGCUUUGAGUAGAUUUUCUUUGUUGUAGGUUUGAAGUUCAAAUGCAGAAUCUGAAACAUUCUCUAAAGAACAGCACACACCAGUCAGUGUUAUCUGAAAAGAAAAUAAACAGUUAAUGUCA